GCUUCGACUCCAAACUCUAGCCAUGAAUAGCAGAAUCACAUUAGAAUCGAUGAAACGAAAAAGACGGAAACGGAGUAUGAUUCCUUUCGGACCAGUCACGCUCGUCGGGAUAACUUUGCUGAUUAUCGGGGCAGCCUGGGCCUUUGGACUGAUGAUUUCUAGCCGAUUUAAGAUCAGCAUCAAGCACCAGGCUGUUCAUGACCACAUGUCGCAUGAAAGAAGAGCAAAGGACAGGAACAAAUUGCUAGAAAAAAUUCUCGGUGGAUUUCCACAACGUGCUAGUAUCUGGCCGGAAGACGGUCAACAGGGCAAAUUUUACGAAAGUCUGCGGAAAUGCGUACCGGAAAAGUUCGAGAGUGACAAGAAAUGCAAGGAGCGGAUAAGAAGCGGAGAGUCAAAAAAAAGCGUCGGAAUCCUUCGCACCCCCAGCGUGUUGGGUAGAGCUCUCGAAACGUUUACUUUGGAGCACAUGAAAGCACAAAAUGUGAACACUACCGAUGUAGUUCUCAUUACUACAAGUCACAUCGAUAGCCGCGAAAGACGAUUCACUAAAAUUAUCCGCAUCACGGUUCUACCCCUACUUCUGGAAGCGGUUGAUUUGGCGCUACAGACCGUAGACGAUACUUUUCUAGCACAACAAAUUACGCUGGAUGAUAUUCUGGGUGUUGUCCGCUUACUUAUUCGCUGGCAUUGCCGAUUAUCCGACAUCGCUACCGACACUGCGCUUGAAAAUCUAUCGCUCGAUCCUACCGUAUCUUUUCCCAACAAAGGAGAGACCAAGCUAAACAAUUUCUUUGGGUUUUCAAUUGAGAAGAGUGGCACCAAAGAAAAACGAGCGGAGACGGAUCCUUUGGCGAUGGAGACUAUGCUGCGUGUCGACCAGUGUACCGAAUUUGUGCUUGAGUUACAGGCUAAAAACCGAAAGAGUGCCGAAGACAUCGAUGUUAUGAUUGAUAGUGUGGUAAAGCAGGAAUUCGCACACGAAACUUGCCAGUCGACGAUGAACCUUCUAGACCGUCGCGUAACAGAAAUUGUCGGCCACUUCCUGGCAGUCAGCGAGCAUACAGCUCUCAUUAUUUGUCACAAAUACCCUCAUGUACCGAUGUGUGAAGCUGAGUACCAGAGUCAAAGGAUGUGA